AUGAAGCCUACCUCCACAUUCCCGGCACUCGAACAUCCCUGGGUGGCACUUGCCGAAGCAGAAGUACGCAUCAUAGGCGGGAGCGUCCUUAUCAUACAUAAAGGUAACUGGGUACGUGCAGGUACGGCUGCGUGGACACCAGAAGGCGUCUCUGUAUUGAACGACGGGCUUGCUGCUUCCGACGAAUUUGGCUUGAGUCGGAAGAAGGACGUGCCCUUGUACGAAGAGGAUGAACAUGAGGAUAAGAUCACUGUCGAACUAGACGAACACGGCCCUCUGGACGGCGUUGUCACAACGAGUCCUGUCGUCGAGUGCUUUGAAGAAAACGAUGACGAAGACGAGGCUGAGGAGGAUGACUCUCACCUGUUCGCACUCUUCUUGAUAGACUUUGCACAUACACGACUCGCGCCUGGAUAG